UUGGAUUAGUCUUGGUCGGUUCGUCUUUCGAUUUUCGUUUCACUCGUAGUCUUGACAUUAUCUCUUUCAACGAGAAAUAUAAAUUAAAGUUAUAUAUGUAAAAUAUAAUCAACGUUUAAUACCAGAAGUCAGAAUAUUAUUUUAUUUUUUUGCAAACUUGAUUGCGCUGCCUUGCAGGAUGAUAAGGAAAUCACAUAUUUUUUGUAUUGCGGCUGUUGUAAUUGUCAGUUUCAUAUCACUGACCAGUGCACAAUUUUAUCAUCCGCCCGAUCUACCCGUAGAAAAUGUUGUUAACUAUGGACGAUGCAUAACGCCAAAUUCAGAGCGUGCUCUGUGCAUACACUUGGAACAAUGCACAUAUCUUUAUAAUUUGCUGACUAAAAAACCAUUAUUAGAAGCUGAUAGAAAUUUCCUUCAACGUAGCCAAUGUGGCUCAAAUAAUGGAAAAGUUUUAAUCUGUUGUCCAGAACGACAAAUUGGGCCUCAACCAUCACCAGCUCCAGAUAGUACCGAAACAAGAUUGCGAUCAAAUCUUCCCGAACCCGGUCAGUGUGGUAACGUUAUUUCAAACCGAAUUUACGGUGGCAACGUAACAAAAAUUGACGAAUACCCAUGGAUGGCAUUGAUUGAGUAUAAUAAAGGUGGAAAUUCAAACGGGCAUCAUUGUGGUGGAAGUUUGAUCAACAACCGAUAUGUUUUGACAGCUGCGCAUUGCAUAAGCGCCAUACCUGAAACAUGGAAACCUUCCCGAGUUCGUCUAGGUGAAUGGGACACUGCAACAGAUCGUGACUGUGAAGUAGACACUCGUGGUUUUGAAGACUGUGCUGAUCCUCAUGUUGAUGUCACAAUCGAGAAAGUUAUUCCUCACGAACAAUAUGUAGCUUCAUCAAAAAGUCAACCCUACGAUAUUGCCUUGAUACGUUUAUCACGUAACGUAGACUAUACCGAUUUCAUUCGACCAAUUUGUUUGCCACUUAAAGAUAUCCUCAAACGAUCAACAUUUGAUGGAAGCAAAAUGGAUGUUUCCGGUUGGGGAAAAACAGAACACGGAACAUCGAGUAAUGUUAAACUUAAGGCUGAAGUUCCAGUUGUACCGCUGAAUGAAUGCCAACGUGUUUAUAGCCAACGCAGUGUCGAUUUAGGAAGCACACAAAUGUGUGCUGGUGGCCAACAAGGUAUUGAUUCUUGUCGUGGUGAUUCAGGUGGGCCACUUAUUGGAUUGGAUUCGUCCAAUAAACAGCGAGUUUACUAUUUCAUUGCUGGAGUAGUAUCAUUUGGGCCGACUCCGUGUGGAUUGCAAGGAUGGCCAGGAGUUUAUACAAGAGUCAGUGAUUAUACUGAUUGGAUUCAGCAAAAUAUUGAACCAUAAAUUUUGUUUGAAUUUACAAAAAGACGAAGUAUAUUUUUGUAAAAAAUAAAGUAAUCUAAUAGAAUA